AUGGGCUUGAAGGAAUUUGUCAAGAGGAGGUCCCUCAAGGCGAAGGAUAACCAGCGAACCAAGGCUGCCGAACUCACUUUAAGGGAGUCGCUGUAUCCCAUCUGUCUCGUUACCGUUCUUUUCUUCCUCUGGGGUUUUAGUUAUGGUCUUCUCGACACGUUGAAUAAGCAUUUUCAAAAUACUCUUAAUAUCACCAAGUCGCGAUCUUCCGGUCUCCAAGCCGCAUACUUUGGUGCCUACCCUCUCGCUUCUCUCGGUCACGCCAAUUGGAUUCUGCGUCACUAUGGCUACCGAGCUACCUUCAUAUGGGGUCUUUGCUUAUACGGCAUUGGUGCGCUGGUCGCGUUCCCUUGCAUCAAGGCUAAGUCCUUUGCCGGAUUCUGCAUGUCCAUCUUCAUUAUCGGUAAUGGCCUGGGAUCCCUAGAAACCGCGGCGAACCCAUACAUCACCGUUUGCGGCCCGCCCCGAUAUGCAGAAAUCCGUAUCAACAUAUCGCAAGCCUUCAACGGAAUCGGCACCGUCGUCGCCCCCGUGCUAGGCUCCUACGUCUUCUUUGCCUUCGACGACGCGACGGCCCUGCAAAACGUGCAAUGGGUGUAUAUCGCGAUCGCGAUCUUCGUCUUCGUCCUCGCCUUCAUCUUCUUCCUCUCCGUCAUCCCCGAGAUCACCGACGCCGACAUGGCCUUCCAGGCGACCGAGACGCACGCUAACGCCGACGACAAGCCGUUCUGGAAGCAGUACCGGCUCUUCCACGCCGCCUUCGCGCAGUUUUGCUACACGGGCGCCCAGAUCGCCAUCGCCAGCUACUUCAUCAACUACAUCCGGGACACGCAGCCGGCGGCCGACGACUCCAAGGCCGCGCAGCUGCUGGCCGGCGCGCAGGGCGGGUUCGCCGCCGGCCGCUUCUUCGGCUCCUUCGUCAUGCGGUACGUGCGCGCGCGCAAGGUCUUCCUCGUCUUCCUCACGCUGUGCAUCGUCUUCAUCGCCCCCUCCAUCACGCAGCGCGGCUGGACCGGCAUGUCCAUGCUGUACGUCACCUUAUUCUUCGAAUCCAUCUGCUUCCCGACCAUCGUGGCGCUCGGCAUGCGCGGCCUCGGCCGCCACACCAAGCGCGGGUCCGGCUGGAUCGUCGCGGGCGUCAUGGGCGGCGCCGCCGUCCCGCCGCUCACCGGCGUCGCGGCCGACGCGCGCAAUACCGCUUUCGCCAUGGUUGUUCCCCUAUGCUUCUUCGUUAUGGCUUCGUCGUACGCCGUCGCUGUGAACUUCGUCCCCGCGUACCGCGAUCCGGCGGAUGCGUUCUCGACGACGGAGGUCGGGUUGACGGCGCAUCGCGACGAUGAGGAGACGGGCGAGGUGGGGGUUAUUAGUGAUGAGAAGGCUGUGCAGGCUGAGAUUGAGUCGUGA